AUGGCGGUGGCCGGGGUCCAUUCCUGGAUGUUGUUGACCCUGAUGGCUGUCCUACCACAUGCCUGCGCCCAGCAGAGUCUGGUGCGGGUGAACUCAGGGGUCCAGGUUGGCCGGGGGAGGUCUGUGUUUGUGACAGACAAGGAGCUGCAGUUCAACGUGGACCAGACAUCAGACUGUAAGGUGGAGGUGGUGCUCAAUGAGCCGGUGACUCAGAGAGUAGGGAAACUCACUCCUCAGGUGUUUGACUGCCAUUUCCUGCCUGACGAAGUGAAGUACAUCCAUAAUGGCAGUCCCCUGCUGGAGGAAGACACAGUCAUGUUGAGAGUAUACAGGUUCACAGUCUCCGACACCUUGGUGGAGACGGUGGUGUUGAGGAUGAUUGUGGUGGAACCUGAGAGCAGCCUGGUAGAGCUGGGCAGCACUCCCCUGGUGGUCCCCCAGUUCUACGGCCUGUCCAACGCCAUCGACGGCGGCGUCCUUAGCAUCCGCAGUCAGCCCGACGUGGCCUGCACCGUGCGGCUGCUCACCCCAGAGACCAGUGUACCCUCCCUGGGGCAGCUGGUGACCGAGGAGGACCCCGGGCUGAGGAAAGGCAGACAAACUGGAGACCCCUGUCCAGGAAACAAGCCCUGCCUCCAUAGCACCAAGGAGGUGCGUUUCCUCAAAGCCACCUGCCACGAGUUCCUCAGCUUGGCUCUGAAGUACCAGCACCUGAGUCCCCCAUCUCCGGAGAUUGACUACAUCCCUAUCAGAGUGGAGCUACGGGACCAGGCCUCCAGAGCACUGCUGGAGACGGAGGCUGUGUGGCUGCCCGUGCUGAUCCAUGGGGCCAUGCAGAACCAGCCUCCGCAGGCCGCCUUCAUGGCCUCCUUCAUCCUGGAGGCGGACCAGUUCAUCCUCACCCCCCUGACCACGGCCGCGCUGGACGCCAAGGACGGAGAGACCCCCCAGGAGCGCCUGGUGUUCAACGUGACAAAGCCCCCCGCCCAGGGCUACAUCGCCCACCUGGACGACCACACCAAAACCUGCCACUCCUUCAUCUGGCAGGACCUACACGAGAUGAAGAUAGCCUACCAGCCGCCCAAUAGUAGUCAUACAGGGAGGAGGAACUAUGAGGUUGAGUUCCAGGCUAUUGACGGUUCCUAUGUAGCCAGCCCACCCAUUAUGGUUCACUUCUCCAUCAGAGCAGCUGAGACAAACGCACCCAGAGUCUCGUGGAACAUGGGGUUGGAUCUGUUGGAGGGUCAGUCUCGGCCAAUCACCUGGGAGGAUCUCCAGAUCGUGGACAGUGACAACAUUGAUGCUGUCUACCUGGUGGCCGUGGACGGACCUCUGCAUGGACGACUCAGUGUCAGAGGUGGUAAAGGCUUUAUGUUCCGGAUACGGGACCUACAAGAGGGUGUGGUUGUCUACCAUCACUCGGACAGCGACACCACCCGCGACCACAUUGUCUUCCGCAUCACAGACGGGCGCCACAGCAUCCGCCACAAGUUCCCCAUCAACAUCCUGCCCAAGGAUGACACGGCGCCGUUCCUUAUCAACAAUGUGGCAUUGGAAGUGCAGGAGGGCGGCGAGGUGCUGGUGGAAGAGUACAUGCUGCUGGCCUCCGACCUGGACUCGAGUGAUGACUACAUCCUGUACCAGCUCCUCACCUUCCCCCGCGCUGGAGAGGUGGUCAAGAAGGCCCACCCACAACAGCCAGGCGUGCCAGUGAAGAGUUUCCUGCAGAGGGAUCUGUUCAUGGGGCUGGUCUAUUACAGACACUCUGGAGAGGAGUCUUUUGAGGACACUUUCGACUUCACCCUCUCAGACAGCCAUCAACCCCCAAACCUGUCCCACAGACACACUGUGGUGAUCCACGUUUUUCCAGUCAAAGACCAGCUUCCGGUGGAGGUGUCUGGCAGCGUUCGCUCGGUUACGGUGAGGGAGACUGACGUGGUCUACCUGACCCAGAGUCACAUCCACUUCAGGGACACAGAGCACCCAGACACGGACCUCUCCUUCUUCAUCACCACACCCUGCUUCAGCCGCACACGGCCAGGGCUACCUGAUGCAGGGCGACUAUUCUACACAGACAGCACCCACUCCAUGAAGAAAGACCCAAUGGUCCCUGUGUUAAAGUCAUUCACCCAGGUACGCUCACCAAUAUACUGCGCCAAUACACUGACAUGCAUGUAGUGUGCAGGUAUAUUCAUUUUGAUUACAAAUGCCUAUUAUUACUUAACCUCACGCAGCAACAUGUGUUGUGUCCGUCAGCAUGCAGUCAACCACAUGAAGGUGGGGUACAUGCCCCCCAUCGAGGACAUCGGACCAGAGCCACUGUUUGUCCAGUUUUUGUUCUCUGUGAGUGACCACCACGGUGGAACCACCACUGACCUGCUCUUCAACGUCACCGUCACUCCUGUGGACAACCAGGCUCCUGAGGUGUUCACCAACCUACUGAGAGUGGAGGAAGGAGGAGGGGCCUUCUUCACGGAGGAGCACCUGUUGGUGCGGGACGGGGACAGCUUGGAGGACAAGCUCAGAGUAGGGGUGCAGACUACGCCCAUCCACGGGAAGCUGGAGCUGCAGGGGCGAGAGCUCCGCCAGGGUGACACCUUCAUCCUCCAAGACCUGAGAGGUCUCCGAGUCAGGUACAUCCAUGAUGACUCUGAGACUGUGGAGGACACUGUUGGUCUAACAGUAACUGAUGGUGUCAACUCUGCUCAUGUGUUCUUACCAGUCCAGAUCCUACCAGUGAAUGACGAGCCCCCCCAACUAGGACCAGGGCUGCGUGGCGGGCUGAUCUGUGAGGAAGGGGGCCUGGUUCAGGUCACUGCUGAGUACCUGUUUGCCACGGACGCAGACAGUGAUGAUGCCAGGCUAAUCUACAUGCUGGCCCGGACCCCUGCCAGGGGGGAGUUGCAGAGAGGGGGGGUUACUGUGGACAAGUUCUCCCAACAGGACAUCCUGCAGGGGCUCAUCUACUACAUACACACAGGGGGCGAGAUUGGAGCCAGUCCCGUGUCUGACUCGGUCACUCUCAUCGUGUCGGACGGAGAAGCAGGGGGCAUGGACAGCUGUUGCCAUGGAGAUGCCCUGCCACCACCCGUACCUCUCCACGGGACACUUCCUGUUUACGACCUCAACGUGACGGUGCUUCCUGUCAACAACAAGGCCCCAGUCAUCACCAUGGGUGACAUGUUUGUGGUGGACGAGGGCUCCUCAGCCUGUCUAUGUGGGGGAGUGCUGGGGGCCGAGGACCCCGAUACGUACCCUGAAGAGCUCCUCUUCCUCCUGGAAAACCCACCCCUACAGGGCUUCCUGGAGAACACCCUGCCCUCACCAGGCUUCGAGAAGAGCAACGCAGGCCUCAGAGUGGUUUCAUUCAGCCUGCUCCACCUCAGAGCGGGAUACAUCAACUACGUCCAGGCGGACCACCAGGGGACUGAGCCCACCGUGGACCAGCUGGUGAUCAGUGUGAGCGACGGGAGGCACAAGUCUCCCCCCAUCCCCUUCUACAUCAUCAUCCACCCCACCAACGACGAGACUCCCUCUCUGACACUUAGCAACUUCACUGUGAUCGAGGGAGGGAUAAAGGAGCUGAGUCCGGCCAUUUUGAACGCGUUGGACUUGGACGCCCCGGCGGACAUUUUGACCUUCACAGUAUUGGUUACCCCAGCCCACGGGACCCUGCUGAACGGGAUCUAUGGAACGGAGUUGAGCCGCUAUAAGAACAUGGGCCCCAAGCUACUUCUGCAGAGCCUGAUGGUACACACCUUCACCAUGGAGGAGCUCAAACAAGGAAUGAGGAUCAUGUACAUGCAUGAUGACACGGAAACCCUGAAGGACUCGUUCACUGUGCAGCUGACAGAUGGCCGCCACACAAUCCAGGGGACCGCUCACCUCCGUGUCCUACCAGUCAACGAUGAAAAGCCCCGGCUGCUAAAAAAUGCAGGAGUGGAGGUGGACUGGAUGGACAGGAGAGUGAUCUCCAGUGUGGUGUUGGAGGCAGAAGACCUGGACACUCCUACCAGUAAGCUCUACUACAUCCUCAAUGCUGGGCCCAGGUUUGGCAAGCUGCAGGUCAAGGUUAAAGCUGGCUGGACAGACAUUGGGGCGGGUCAGAACUUCACCCAGGAGGAUGUGGAGUUUAACCGCUUGUGGUACGCCCACACUACUGGCACCGGGUUCAAAGGUCAUGACAGCAUCCGUUUCACCCUCAGUGACCUAGACAACGAGUCCCCUCCUCAGAGCUUCUUCAUCUCAGUACGCACCAUCCAGAAGGGUGACAUAGUGCUGGUCACCAGGCCGGUCACCCUGAUGGAGGGAGAGCGGCUCAUCCUGACCACAGACAUCCUACUGGCUACGGACGGGGCUGCCAGACCGGGGGAGGUGCUCUACACCGUGUCCAUCCCGCCCAAACACGGACACGUCCACGCCGUCCAGCGUCCCGGAAUGCCGUUCCUCAGCUUCUCCCAGCUGGACGUGGCGGCCCAGCGUGUGUGUUACACCCAUGACAACAGUCACACAGCUGAGCAGGACUCCUUCAGCUUCGUCGUCACCAACGGCAUCAGCUCCCGCAGCGGCUCCCUGCACUUCACCAUAGAACACAGUGACCGGAUCCCGCCGUCCCUCAACCGCAAUACCGGCCUUCAACUGACAGAGGGAGCGGUGAAGUCCAUCACACCAGACCACCUGGAGCUCACCGACCCAGAUACUGCUGUGGGGAACCUGACCUAUGCCCUCACCCAGCCCCCGCAGUACGGCAAGCUGCUCCUCAAGGGGUACCCACUGACAUUACCCCGUUUUACUCAGACUGAUAUCAACAACAUGGACCUGGCUUACCAGCACUACCAGGGCAGCCUGGCCCAGAUUGACAGGUUUAGUCUGAUGCCGUCUGAUGGUACUAACAGAGGAUACCUGGAGUAUGGACAGCUGAAGGAAGAGCCGCUGGUCUUCACAAUACAGGUGGAGCACGUAGACAGGAAUCCCCCCAGCCUGGUGACCAAGAGGAUCCCCAGUACAGUGGAGAACCUCUCGGGGGGACCAGGGGACAAGCAAGGCAUCUACAUCACGUCACGUGACCUCCAGGCCUCUGACCCCGACAGUCCCGCCCAGGAACUGGAGUUCACCAUCACACGGCCGCCUCACUUCGGCUACCUAGAGAACUCCCUCACCGGGGCGUACAUCAAAGGACGCUUCACCCAGAGGGAUUUGGAGCAGCGCGCCGUGCUCUAUGUCAUCCCCACCGACAUGGAGGUGACAGGGGACAGCUUUGAGUUCCGUGUCACUGACCCCGCGGGAAACACCAUGCUGCCUGAAAUACUGCAGCUGACGUGGUCUCGGGUGGAGCUGUCGGCUACGUGUUACCGGGUGUGUGAGAACGCAGGCAUGCUGCAGGUGCAGCUGACACGCAGUGGGAAAAGCAUGGACCCGGCCUACAUUGCUAUUCAGGUGGAAGAUGGUACUGCCAAGGUGGGGAAAGAUUUCACCCACAGCACGGCCAGUCUGAUCCAGUUCGAUUCAGGAGUCAACGUGAAAACCUGGAACAUUUACCUGAAAGACGACGGCCUGGAAGAAAACCAUGAGACGUUCACCGUGAUUCUGAACGGCCCCAAGAACACUGUUCUGGGUCAGAGGAACUCAGCCAGUGUGGAGAUAGUGGAUCCUAGAGGAGGAAUGUGCGACCCAGAGGACCUGAGGGUUGAGGAAGAUGAAAAAGGAGUACCUUCAACCGCUCACGUCCCCCAGUCCCCACAGCUAGAGGAGCACGUCACUGACAUUGAAACAGACCUGCUGUGGGAGAGCCGCCCCCAUCCACCAAGGGGGGACGUGCCCAACCGGAGGCCCUUCCUGGACUAUGGGGAUGGAGAGGGGGAGCCCCAGGACCAGGCUACUCAGUUUCACAGCCAGGCCACCAGACAACUCAGACUGCAGGGCGGCAGCAACAGUAAUAGCAACAGUCGCACGGUCCUUCAUUCAGGUGUCAAGAGAAAGAGUGAAGAGAAAGUCUGGACGUUCCAUGCACUCACCCCACUGAGACUAGAGGAAAGGAGGCUGCCGAUUCCAGAGCCCAUCCCCCAGGUGCACCCGGACCUCCAGGUGAUCCCAAUCUGGAGCUGGUCUGGCCACAGGAAGUUCCUCCAUGAGGUGAGGGUGGGGGAUGCCCCCCAGGAUGAUGCCCCUGUACCCUCGCCCAAACAACACAGGGCUGGUCGCCAGCGCAAGGCUGGGAGGUCAGUGAGCACUUCCUGCCCCACGGGUUGGAGCCACUACAGGAGGCACUGCUACAUCCUGAGCCCUGGCGUGGCCAGCUGGAGCAGUGCUCAACGGACCUGCACCUUACUGUUUGACAGCAAUCUAACAAGUGUCCAGUCGAAAAAAGACAUGGCUUGGUUAUGGAAAUUUGCUGGGAAACAGGCCUUUUGGAUCGGCCUGUCAGGCAGCCCGGGACAUUGGACCUGGACGGACGGCAGAUCCCUGUCAUUCUCCAGACUCAAGAGGGACCGAGCUCAAGAGCAGCGGCCCGAGAGUGCUGCCUCUAGAUCCACGUGUGUGUUAGCCCAAAGUCAGAAAACAUGGACACCCAUGACCUGCACCACGGCACCAGAACGCAGAUACAUUUGCUCUUCGCCAGCACAGAAUCACUGAAGAGGAAUGUGGAUUACCACACUUAAAGGGCAAUACCAACACAAAUAUUGGCAAUAUUUUAUUUGGGGUAGUGUGCUAUAGAUGUUUAACUACAGUAACUAAGCACAAGCUGAAUCAUUGAUAGUGUCAGCUGGUUUUCCAGGGUGGUUGAAGGAUACAUGGCAAACCUACUAGUUAUUGCAUGUCGAUAGAGAGUUUAUUCAUCAUCUGAGAAUCAAAAUAUCACAUGUAAAGGACUAUCCAAGUAAAGUGAGACCCAAAUAUACAUUAGUUAUUUUAUGGAGGAAAAUGUCAAUGUAACUACAUUACCCUUCAGAUAAAAGAUAAGCCAUAUACUGUAAGUGGGUGCUAUUCUAGAGGGUGGGUGGGGUUAGGAACUCAAUUACUGUAGUACUACAUUGUACUACGUUGUACUUCAGUUCAAACACCGAAAGGUUUCAGUUAAAAAAAGAUGGUCUCUGACAUUAUUUACAGU